GUUGAAACAAAAACCGUGAACACAAGGUUCAAGUUUUGGAAAGUUUUUGAUGAGUAAAAAAUUGCUUAAAAUACGUUUAAGACUUUCAAUUUAUUCAAAGACAUGUCUGGUGGUUCGUAUGAUCGUGCUAUAACUGUUUUUUCACCCGAUGGCCAUCUUUUUCAAGUUGAAUAUGCACAAGAGGCGGUGAAGAAAGGAUCCACAGCGGUUGGUGUGAGAGGCAAGGAUUUGGUUGUACUAGCAGUCGAGAGAAAGGCAGUGCCAAAACUUCAAGACCCUAGAACAGUAAGAAAAAUAUGUCUCCUUGACAACCAUGUAUGCCUGGCGUUUGCUGGGUUAACUGCAGAUGCUAGGAUAUUAAUAAAUCGAGCGAGGAUUGAAUGUCAAAGUCAUAAACUUACUGUUGAGGAUCCUGUUACAUUAGAAUAUAUAACUCGUUAUAUAGCAACAUUAAAACAGAAAUAUACCCAAAGUAAUGGUAGACGUCCAUUUGGUAUAUCAACCUUGAUAGUUGGUUUUGAUUAUGAUGGUUCACCACAUUUAUACCAGACAGACCCCUCUGGUACUUACCAUGCGUGGAAGGCUGGAGCAAUUGGACGAAGUGCCAAAACAGUUCUAGAAUUCUUAGAGAAACAUUACAAUGCAGAGCUCGUUGCAUCAAAUGAUGAAACCAUUAAACUUGCCAUCAAAGCUCUGCUGGAGGUUGUUCAAACUGGAGCAAAGAACCUGGAACUUGCAGUUAUGAAAAGAGGCGAUACAUUACGUAUAUUAGAUCAGGAUGAAGUUGAAAAGUAUGUGGAAGAAAUUGAGAAGGAAAGAGAGGAAGAGGCGGAGAAGAAAAAGCAAAAGAAAACAGGGGGGAAGCCAUCAAAAUGAAAAAAAAAAACCAUUUCUAUAAUAUUCAUGUUUUAAUUCUCCAAAAUAUUUUUGCGAUUGAACUUCAAAAUGCUGUUUUUAUUGAACCACAAGAUGGUACAUCAGGAAAUUGAAAUCCCCCUAUCUACAGCUAUCACCGAAUAAAUAUUUUCAGAUGUGAA